AUGGAGUCCUCACAGGUCUUCACGACGACUCGCACCAGCUCGGGGUCCAGCGCUGGCACGAUCAACGGCAGCGGCAACGGCAGCACGGGUUCGGGCUCGGGCUACAAGCGCGCGAGUCGCAAAGGCGCGCCGCGGAGGUUCGUGUGCGAUCAUGCUGGCUGCGAGAAGAUUUAUUCGCGAGCCGAGCACCUGCAGCGCCAUCAGCUGAACCACAACCCCAAGGAAAUCUACCGUUGCGACGUUGGCGACUGCGACCAAAAGUUUGUGCGCCUCGAUCUCCUGUCGCGCCAUAAGAAGCGGCACACGGCCUCGUACACGCCCAGGAAUCGCAUCCCCAGCUUCGACACGGGCGAGACCGUCAAGUCGCCCCCCGACCGCCACGCCAUCGCCAUCCCGCCGCAGUCUUCCUACGGACAACAGCCGUCUGGGCCUCACGAUGCCGCCAUCCUGCUGACGCCCGAGUCCAACACGGCUCCCACUCCGGCGCCGCUGAGCCAUAGCAUGACCAGGGCGAGCCACCAAGCCGCGACCUGGGCGCCCUCGCUCGACGACCGCUCGGGCAACAUGAUGCGGCACCGGCCCAGCUUCUACGCGGCCGAUCCAACCGCUCUGCCGGAGCCCCCGGGCAUGGUGGGCUUCGGCGCGGUUGGAUAUCCCACCGACGACUCAUUGACGCAGGGCAACUUUGCCGCAUGGCUGUUUGACCCCCAGACUACGUAUAGCGACUUUAGCAUGGCAAGUCUGCCAUUCCUUGAAGGCGGGCUGGAGUCUACCUUUAACAACAACAUUCACUACGACUAUGAAUCCCUCACCAGCUUGUCGCCCAUGGACCAGCCUCAGCGGCUUUCUGAGUCAUCGUCUGACGACUGGAUCACCGAAUCGAGGCGCCAGGAACUGCUUCACUGGUUUCAGACGUUCCGCAAGAAGCAGCCCAGGUACGAGCCGCUGAUGCCCAACCUGGUCCUUGAAAGCGGCGGCGACAUGCCGGCGCUCAACCUCGACAUGAUGAGAGACUGUCUCAAGGAGUUUUGGGACAAUGUCUCGCCUCGGCUGCCCAUUAUCCACCAACACACCUUUUCCCCGAACCGAUGCCCCGUCCUGCUCCUCCUCGUCAUGCUGUCUCUCGGCGCCGCAUCAUUGCGCGGCCGUGACGUGACGGGGCAGCUCUCCGAGUACGGCGCAUUUGCCGACGUUGUCAUUUCAUGCGUGAGAUGGGAGAUUCUAACCUCGGACGACUCUGCACCGCCAGCAAGCCUUUGGGUGCUGCAGGCUCUCUUGCUUCUCGAAUUCUACGAGAAGCUGUACUCUUCUCGAAAACUGCACGAGAGGGCGCACAUUUAUCACCCUGCUUUCCUAACACUUCUCAGACGUGGCAGCCCCCUGAUUGGCAGAACCGGCAGUGAAUCUCCCCCAGAGCCAGAUUCGCUGGGACCCGAUCGACAUACGCCAAACAUGGCCUUGGACUCUCGGACGUGGUGGGCUCGAUGGGCCGAGACGGAGUCAAUGCACCGCGUGGUGUUUGCGGCCUUUAUGCUCGAUGUCAUCCACGCCGCCAUGUUUGGCCACGCUGCCGACAUGGCUCCUCACGAGAUCCGACUGCCUCUCCCCUGUGACGAUAACCUGUGGGCGGCCAACAGCCCCGACGUGGUGCGGCAGCUGGACGCAAACUUUCGGAUGUACGGCGUCAAGCAGGUGUCGUUUCUGGACGGGCUCAAGAGCGCACUGCACGGCAAGGAGGUCAAGACGCACUCGUUUGGCCGCAUGAUUAUCAUCUCGGGCCUGCUCAGCGUGGGUUGGCACUUGAACCACCGCGAGACGCACCUCAAGUGGCUCGACAUCCGCACGCCGUCUAUGGAGACGCAGGAAAAUUGGCGCAAGAUGCUGCUGCGCGCGUUUGACAACUGGAAGGGCAGCUUCGACAUUGCCAUGUCCGACUCCAUCUCUGACGCCCCUGGCCACCGUGGUAUUCCCAACGGGCCCAUCAAUAGUGCUUCGGUGCUGUAUCAUCUGGCACAUAUCAGUCUCCACGCGGACAUUGUCGAUUGCCAGGUGUAUGCUGGCGCGAAGCGUCUUCUCGGCCGCAAGGUCUCGUCCAGGGACUACUCCAACGUCAUCAAGCGCAUGAGCGCCUGGUCAACACAAGCUUCAACACGACAUGCCAUCUUGCACGCCUUCAAGCUUCUCUACCGCGUCGUCGUCGAUCCUCACCCUCGCCGCAGAAACAGCCCCCACCCCCCUGAACACUCCGCCAUCCAGUACUCGGUUCGCAACGAACCAGAUCCUCAUCGGCCGUGGAUCAUGUACUAUGCCGUUUUGGCCAUCUGGGCUUUUGUACAAGCUUUGGGACGGCCGCCGGGCAAGGGGUUUCCGUUGCCGACAUCGCAGCUGGGACAUAGUAGUUACGCGCGGAUGGUCGAGUACGUGUCCGGCGUGGCUGCGUUACCGGAGCUGGAUGAGCAGGCAUCAGCCGUUUUACACGAGGGCUUGCCUGAUUUGCUGGAUGUAAUGGUGGACAUUCUCGAAGAGGCAGAUACGGAACUGCUAGUCGAGGCGCGAGAACGGUUAAAAGUAUGCAAGGAGAUGCUUCUGGGGGGAACAACACGGCCAUGA